AUGAGUCAAGACGAUAUUCUUCAAUCAACAAAAACAGUUAUUCAAGGUCUUGAAGCUUUGAAAAAUGAACAUGGUAAAAUGCUUGAAAAUAUUGUUGGAUCAAUGCAAACAUCAACAAAAGAUACAAAUAAAAUCGAAGAAAAAGCUGGUUUAUUACGAAAAUCAAUGGAUAUGAUUGAAUUAGGUAUCGGUGAAGCUCAAGUUAUGAUGCAAUUAGGUAAUCAUCUACAGAAUCUUGAAGCCGAAAAACAUAAAUUACGUACACAAGUUAAGCGUUUAUGUCAAGAAAAUGCUUGGUUAAGAGAUGAAUUAGCAUCAUCACAAAAGAAAUUACAUGAUUGUGAACAAUCCAAUGCAUCUUAUUCAGUUGAACUUGAACAUUUAAAAUUUUUGAAAGAUAUUAAACAAUAUGAUUUAAAUGAUAAUAAUUCAUCAACAAUAAAUCCAUCAUCUGGUCAAACAAAUGAUCUUGUUAAUGAUCUUUUUCCAACUGAUGAUGAUGCUUAUAUUGAUCAACAAAAUGCAAAUGAAAGAAAUCAAUCGUAUGCUGAUUUAAUGAUGACACCAUCACAAUCAGCUAGUGGUUCAUUUAUAUCAUCAACUGGUUAUGAAAUACCAGCUAGAUUAAAAACUCUACAUAAUUUAGUUAUUCAAUAUGCAUCUCAAGGUCGAUAUGAAGUUGCUGUACCAUUAUGUCGACAAGCACUUGAAGAUUUAGAAAAAACAUCUGGUCAUCAACAUCCUGAUGUUGCUACAAUGUUAAAUAUUCUUGCACUUGUUUAUCGUGAUCAAUCAAAAUUUAAAGAAGCUGCUGCUUUACUUAACGAUGCAUUAGCUAUUCGAGAGAAAACACUUGGACAUGAUCAUCCAGCUGUAGCAGCAACAUUAAAUAAUCUAGCUGUUCUUUAUGGUAAACGAAAUAAAUUUAAAGAAGCUGAAGUUUUAUGUAAACGUGCAUUAGAAAUACGUGAAAAAUGUCUUGGUCCAUUACAUCCCGAUGUUGCUAAACAACUUAAUAAUCUUGCGUUACUUUGUCAAAAUCAAGGUAAAUAUGAUGAAGUUGAAUCCUAUUAUAAACGUGCUAUUGAAAUCUAUAUAAAAACUCUCGGUAUUGAUGAUCCAAAUGUUGCUAAAACAAAAAAUAAUCUUGCAUCUGCUUAUCUUAAACAACAAAAAUAUAAAGAAGCUGAACAAAUCUAUAAAGAUGUUUUAACACGAGCACAAGAAAAAGAUUUGUUAAAUAAAUCUGCUAUUGCUACUCAACAACAAGAAAAUCCAAGUGGAACAACUGGUGGUAAUUAUGAUGCACAAGGUGGAUGGUAUAAAACAAUUCUAACAGAUCAACCAACAGUAACAACAACAUUAAAAAAUCUCAGUUUAUUAUAUCGACGUCAAGGAAAAUAUGAAGCUGCUGAAACCUUAGAAACUUGUGCAGCAAAAGCACGAAAAGAUCCACAAGCUAUUAUUCAAGCACUUAAUAUUGUUAAACAAACUAAUUUAAAUACUCAACAACCAUCAGCAUCAACAACAACAACUACUACUACACCUUCGUGA